AUGUCGAGAAGAAAUGAUUUAGCGGCCUGCAAAAUCGCCAAGACCUUAAAAAGUUUAAAUGCCUAUCGCUUGAAUAAUACACGAAAAGCCGAAAUCGAUGUACUAUUCUUCAAUCGCUGUGCAAAAGUCGGCAGCGAGGCUCUGCUCGAACUAUUCAAUAAAUUGGAGGAUUUCAACGAUCUCACUAUGGAACGCGAAGGUCUGCAUAGACCCACCAAAAGGCAGUUGGAGAAACACGAACAACGCGAAUUGGCGGAAACAAUAUCCGAGUUUGUUGAAGGUUCCGUUUAUAUAGAGCAUGUGAAUUGGAUUGACUUUGAGGCAUUUGAUUUGCCAAAACCGAUCUAUAUAAAUUUGGUACGUGAUCCCGUAGAGCGUGUUAUUAGCUGGUAUUUCUAUUCACGUGGCGCUUAUAAGAACGCAAUUGAAUAUCGUAAGAAUCCCGAUAAACCCAUCAAGUCGGCAGAAUGGUAUAAAAAGGAUUUUAACGAAUGUGUACGUAGUGGUGACCCCGAGUGUCAAUAUGUACCGUUUUCAGUUAAGGAUUUUGUUGGAAAUUUCAAACGGCAAACGCUCUUUUUCUGCGGCCAUCACGAUGAUUGCAUACCGUUCAACUCGCCGGCGGCUGUACAAAUGGCAAAGGAGCAUGUAGAACGUGAUUAUGCAGUGGUAGGCUCCUGGGAGGACACAAAUAUAACACUCACUGUCUUUGAGAAAUAUAUACCACGCUUCUUUCAAGGCGCUAAGACUGUAUUUGAGAUCCACAACAAUCAGAUCACCAAUCGGAAUAAAAAUAAAAGAAAACCGAAAAUUGAUGCAGACGUUAAGGAAAUGAUAAGAAAGAAUUUCACAAAUGAAUAUGAUUUUUAUUAUUUCUGCAAGCAACGCCUCUACAAACAGUACUUGGCUGUGAGUCUUAAGGAAUUGGCUGUUAUGGAGAAUUUAAAUUGAUUUUGAUUGUAUUUACCUUUAAAAUAAA